GCGGCCGCCGGCGGCCCCGACUCGCCGCCCCGGCAGGAUCAGAUGGCAGCAGCUGUGCCACAGCCCCCCUGAGCCCGCUGAGGAUGCUGCCUGGGCGCUGGCGGCUGCAGGGGCGGCUCUGGCAGCGGGCACAGCCGCCCGUCCUGCUCCGUGCCCUCUACGACUACACCUACCGUGCCCAGGACGGGCGGCUGGUGGCCAUGGCAGCUGGGGAGAGCUUCCUCCUGCUCCACAAAGCCACUGAGGACUGGUGGCAGGUCAGGAGGGUGGCAGAGCCACGCUGGGCAAGGCCUUUCUUCGUCCCUGCCACCUACGUGGCCGAGCUGGGCGCUGGCGAUGCCGAGAGCUUGGUGCCCCAGAAGCCACCCACGGGCACUGGGCUGCCACUGCAGUACCACUCCCUGGAGGACUUGGGGACCCCCCCCCAGGAGGUCGGGCUGAGCCCCCCACACCCCCUCAGCAGUGCCCAGCUGGCAGAGGGGGCUUUGCCCCCCUCCUCCUGCCCCCUGCCACAGGCCCCUGGGCCGCGCCUGUAA